CGCAAGUCUUGCCUCCCCUUAGAUUUACUGUGAAAUGAAUGAAUGAGCAAACAUAACAUACAACACAGAAUGCCCCCAAGGUUGGGUGCAAAGCGGAGCCUUUUGUGCCUCGCGGGCAACACCUUACUGACGUUAGGGUUUACAGUAGCCACGUUACUUAGGCAAUGCGAGCCUGCGACGUCAUCCGCGCAAAUUGACAGUUUGCCUGUCAGCGACAACGAUACCUGCGCCGCGGACAGCUUCUCUGACUCCUUGCGGCAUUACCUUGUAUCAAAAGGUUCUUUGGAGCGCCAGGAAGCACACGGACUGCUUCUUUGCGGCCCUCCGGUGCCCGCAACUUUGCUAGUUCUUCGCUCUUGGCGCACGUUGCUGGCUGCAAGUUUGCAUCAAGUCCUGCUACACCCGAGCGACCCCGAGUCGUGGGCUUACUUCCCCAUUCUCGUGGGCACAUGCGGCGCGGUGCUCACCGUGUUAUGUCUCCUGCCUGGGCUGCUGCGCCCUACGCCGUGGCUUGCAGCACUCAUUCCCUUUCUCAUUCGCACAGUCGGUCUCAACCUCUUGCCGGCCCUGUCACUGGCCACGCACCCAAUGGGGCCUCUCUCCAGCUUCUUCGCACUUUUUUACCACAAGGCACCCAUCAUCAUGGCAUACAACAGUCUACUCUGGUGGCUGACCUUGCCUCAACAGCUUGCGUGGCUGGACCUGGUAUGCACGUGGGUGGCCCCGCUGGCGGCUGCCAUCAAUGCAGUCACGUUCACGGUGUUGGCCCCUGACCACGCGUUCCAGGGCCUGCCCUUCCAGCCAUGGUCUCUGUUCUGGCAGACUCUGGCGAUGGCGUGUGUCGUGACCUUCCUGCAUGCCGCCAGCCUGCGCCACCUGCACCAGCACUUGCAGCGCCAGUGCGUGUUGCAGACAGCCGCCGAGAACGGUGGUGGUGCUUCGACGUCUGCAAGCUGCGGGGACGUGGGUUUCUGGCCCAUGAAGCGCCCGGCUGCUGUGCCGGUGACGACGAAGGCAGAUAGCUAUUCCGGCAGCAGUGAUAAGGAGCAGCAGAGGCCGACGGAAGCACAGGCUGCAGUGCGGUUGUGCAGUCAAGUAGCUACGAGCCGCUACUCAAGCGAGGAUUCAGCGCCAGAGUUGACGGCAGCUCACCGGGGCAGCCGGGAGUGCUGCGACGGGAGACAGCCGCAGCGGCGUGGGCAGGCACAGGAGCAGCAGCAGCACCGGGAGCAGGUCCAGGAGCAGGACUUGCGCAGCUCUGUGCUUCCUUAUACCGGCGUAGUGGACAGUGAGGUCCUGGACCCCAUUGCCGCGUGGAGCCUGGAGACGCGCGCCGAGAUUCCGAACACCGGGGGGGAGGUCUCGACUUUCUCGAGCGUGGCGUUCAGCAACCCGGAUGACGCCAAGUGGCUGCCAGAGCCACCGGCGACGCCGGCGACCGCGCUGCCGGCAGGGCUGGGCACUGUGUCGGCAGCGCUGCCCAACAGCCUGCGGGGAAGUGCGCUGGACCAGGCGUUGCGCCUGGUACGUGCCCAGAAGCUGAUGAGCUACAGCCCGGUCAUGGAGUGCCGCCAGGUGCACGUGCGGCUGGAGGGCAUGGAGCCGGAGCAGCUACAGCCGGGCUGGCAGGCAGGCCUGGCGGAGCGCCUGUCCGAUUAUGGCUGGUGUCUCCUGAACGUGGCGGUUCGACGGGGCAGCAUCUACGUCUCCUUCUCGCUCGUGCGGGGGGCGCAGAACGACGGCGACGCUGACAACACGAACGCGCAGCCCGGGACGGAUGCCGAUGCAGCUAACGGAAACGCUGCUGGCUUGCACUGUGGCGGCGCUGCUGCUGAUGCUGCCGCUGCCCCUGCCGCUGCCGCUGCUGCUGCCGCUGCUGCUGCCGCUGCGGGGAGCAAAGAUCUGGGCGUGGUGGUUAGCCCGGAGCAGCUGCUGACGCAGAUGGGCCUGCGCCGGGAGCAGCUGCCGGACGGCUUCACCAUGGCCGUGCAGGCGGUGAUGGAUGACGGUGGCCUGCAGCGCCUGCGCUACACCCUUCAGCCCGACGGCGCCUGGGCGCAUGAGACCCUCGACCGGGUGCUGGAGUCUGACGGCGAGGCGGCGGCUGCAGAUGCCGAUAACGAAGGCAGCCCUUCGUCGGAGCUGGGGCCCGGCAGCGCGAGCUUUGGGGGGUGGGCAACGGCAGAGGGGCCGGGCGGAAACAGCGACCAGGCCAUACAGCUGCUUUCCAGCGAUGAAAUAGAGUUGGUUCCCAGCGUCGGCGUUGGCUGGAAUGCAGCAACGCCACCGUACGGAUGCGCGUCGCACACGAGCACGCAGCAUAUUGUCAGCAGAGACUGCACCAGCAAUGCUGGGGCGGUCGUGGAGGCAACGGAGGCGCCAGAUGUUUACAGUGAUACAAGACUGCUGCUGGCUCAGGGCCUGCUAGGCGGCGGCCACGCAGGGGAUGCGGAGGUUGUCGCGCCGGGCGAUGGGACAGCCAGAGCCGGGGCUCCGGGUGCGGUUGUGAGGGAAUCUGGACAGGGCGUGGUCAUGUCGACGACGCCAGCGGCGCGCAGGUCAGUGCAACAGUCGGCGCGGACCGCAGCAGCAGCACCCUCCAUAGCCUUGGCCCUGCAGAUGCCGGACGUCCUGGUCGGGAUCCCUUCGCCCGCCAACGCCGACGCGGGCACCCCAUUUUACCAGACCGUCGUGGAGCUGGAAUCUGCUAACAGCACGCAGGGCGCGCAGCCAUGUGUCGAUACGGCCACGAACGUGUUGGAGCCGCCGGCACCGCAGGCGCUGCGGUUCCGCGCGCGCCCUCUGGGCCGCAUCGGCGGCUUGAGUGAGCUGCGUGUUGAGCAGGCCGUGGUGCAGCAUCAGGCAUCUGGGCCUGCGGGCCGAGUCGGCGCAUGGAGCCUGGUCAUUCGUUGCGAGCAGGCUUUGGAGUCGGCGGCCUUCCGCGACAGUGACGCUGCCGCUGAUGAGGCUGGUGUAGCCGCGGGUCCACGGCCGCACCUAGUUGACGUCAGCCUGUGGCGAGGCCACGACCUGUUGGCAGCGCGCGUGGUGCUACUGGUGCCGCCGGAGUGCUGCGGCCUGCCGCCGCCGCAGCAGCCGUCUCUGCCCGCCGCCACAGCCUCGCCGGCGGCAUCUGCGGCUGCGGGGGUGGGCUUGCCGCGUGGCAGCAGCGCGGCGCCAGCGAGCCGAUGGGUGGGCGAGCUGUUGCAGGUGCUGCAGGGGCAGUCGGCGGCAGGGGCGCAGCACCUGCUGGUGGACAUGGGGCUGCUACUGUCGGGUGCCCUUGAUGAGGUGGCGGCGGGCAGUGCGCCACAGCAGGCACCGCAGGGCCGGGCAGAGCCGGGCCAGCGCUGCGGCGUGUCAGCGUCCGCGGCGGCAUCAGCUGCGGGCCGCGCGCCCGGGCCUGGGUCAGCUAUCGCCGGACUGGAGGCCGUGCUCAGCCGGCGGCUGCGGGCCGCGCAGCAGACGCUACUGGUGCUCGACAUGGGCAGCAGCUUGCUGUCGCUGGUGCUGCAGUGUGGCGCCGCCAGCCUGGCCGACUACCUGUGGCGGACGCUCCAGGGCAUGGGCUUCGGCCCGGAGGAGCUGCUGCUGCAUGCGUGCGGCGCUGGCAGUGACCUGCCGCCCCUGCACGCUGCGGUGGCGUCCGGGGAACCGGCGGCGGUUGACCUUGUGGUCUCGUGGUACCGCGCUGCCAAGCUGCCAGAGCCGUGGCUGCAGCCCGCGGCGGUUCCCGGCGCGCCGGCGGUGCUCACACCGCUGGUGCUGGCCUCCGCCUCCUCGCCGCCGGGCGCGCUGCUGUGGCACACGCUGUGCGUGCACGCGGGCGCGCUGGCGGCAUGGCGCGUAACCGUCAACGGCGUCAGCGCGCGGGCCACGGCGGCUGCGGCGGGCCUGUGGCGGGUGGUGCUUGCGGUGGAUGCGUACUGCACUCUGGCGCCUGCCAUGGCGCGUGCUUGCGCGCUGCUGCCACUGCGCUUCAGCCUGGGCGGCGGGCUGGCGUGGAGCGGCCAGCGCGCACGCGUGCCGAGGGCGGGGCGGCCGGAGAGCAUGGGACAUGUUGUGGCAGCGCCAGACGCUGCCACGGAUACAUCAGCCGGCUGUGCUGCUGAGGCUGAGGCCCCGUGUGCAGCAGCAGACAAGGGCCGAGCCAUGGUUGGCGCUGCAGCGUCAUCGCCUGCGUUGCCCACCUCCAAGGGCUUUAAGUUUCUGUCGGGCGAUGCGCCUGUCACGACGUCGCCGACUAUGGACUUUUCCACGUACCUGGCGCAGCGCAGCCGCCUGGGCAAGCUGGUGCUGCGCUGGACAGUCGUGGCGUUCCAGACCGCGUCCCACCUGCGGGCCCUCACCACCGGCUUCGGCGCCACCUGCCCUGCCGCCGCAGCAACCCUGGACAGCCUGGCAACGCCCGGCGGCGCUGCCGCCGCCGCCGCCGCCGCCGCUGCGGGCUCCGGCUUUGGCGCUGUGCUUGUGCCGUACGCUGUCGCGGGCCAUGCGGUGCUGCGCUGCGUGGCCGGCCGCUACUGGUGGACGGUCCUGGAGAUACUGGCUGUGGUCUGGGUGUCCUCGCCGGCGGCGCUGCGCAAGCACGACCGCGCGUGCGCGCUCAUCACAUUGUUGCACGCCUGCUUCCAGGCAUUCGAGGGCUCUCUGCUGCCGCCCUCGGGCAUGAAGGCCGUUGGCGCGCAGAUGGUGGCCGCUAGCGUCAUCUUCAACCUGAUCAACAGCUACGCCAACCUGCCCAGCAUGCGCCUGGGCCUGGCGAUGCGAGUGCUGGAGGCCUCGGCGGCCACGCACGUGUACGUGCGCUACGGCGUCACGCAGAGCCUGGCGAAGGCGGCGCUGUUAGCGGUGGGCGUGAGCGCCAUGGGCUUCGCUACCAGCGUUUGCAUCAGGCGGCGAGCGCUGGCGGGCUGGCUGGAGGAGUCGCGGCAGCAGCAGCAGCAGCAGCAGCAAGCUGGAGAGGAUGCAGCGCAGCCAUCGACAUGCCGCAGUGCGGCUGGGUCUGAUGCUUCGGGAGCUGCGGCCGGGCCGUCUGCCUUGGCUACAAGUGCAGCGGCAGCUGCCACGAGGUGAUAAGCGUGUGUCACAAUAGGCAUGGACGUGUCAGUCAGUAGUGGGUCGGCAUUAAGCCUGCAAGGGUGCAGCAGGUGCUGCUGAGGGUUUGCUGGAAUCAGCACACAUUACUACAGCUUGUCCACCAACAUUUGCCAGCCAUCUUUCAAGGCAACAUGGAUGGGAGUAUGGUCAUGCAUAAAUGCGCAAGCGGCCAUGUUCAAGCAGCGCCUAACCCUAUUUCGUGUCACACCUACUGCGAGGUUGUGCUGUAGAAUGCGUGCCACGGGCCGCUUUACUGAACCUGUGUUGUGUUACUAUGAUCCUGCGGCUGCGCUACGCAUGGCUGUCUUCUUUCGCUGCUUAAAGUCCAACAUAAAGACAUACUAAAGACAUGGCCGCAAAUGGGCUGUCCACCUACGAGCCUGUAUGCUGUGUAAUCUGAUCGGCGCACGGUUCGCAAGUAUACGAAUCAAGGCAUGGGUUGCGGGUCGUUCCUCUGCCAGACAAUGCUACGGAGUCUGCCUACGCAUGGUUAAGGCUGCACGUCUAUAAUGACGGCACGUCCGACAGGCGAAGUGUUGUUUCCACCUGGUGCUGGGGGUUGAGCCUGGGGUUGGUUUGGUAAGGCCUAUUGAUUGCAAAUAGGCGACAGGUCCAAGUUGGCCGAAAUGAGAAGCGACCUCGCGCGUCCAUGGCAGUUGCUUAGGUCUGUUGCUUGAUGCCUAGGGUUGAUGCGGCGUGAUUCCGUGUGUUUUGAGGACUGCUAAAAUCCAAAGCCCAGGGGGCCUCGAAUCCUAAUCCUAUCAAAUUUAGACUGCAGACCUUGGGCUAGCUGUCCUCUUCAAGCUGUGAAUUAUGGAUUGGAGUAUGUGCUGUACUUGUUUGAGACAAUGCUGUUAUGCUGGACGUAGGAGUCCCUAUGGGGCUGCCCGUUAGUGUGCGUGGUGGAGCAAACCCGUAGCUGACUGCGGGUUAGCACGGCCAGAGCUGGAAGCCGUGAGUAUUGCUGCAUUUCCCUGGCCCUGGAGGCUGCGGCGGUGGCGCAGGGACCUGGCAGCUGCGGCGGCGGCGCAGGACCUUGCGGCGGCGCAGGGCCUGGCAGCUGCGGCGGCGGCGCAGGGCCUGGCUACUGCGGCGGCGGCGCAGGACCUUGCGGCGGCGGCGGCGGCGCAGGGCCUGAGCCCAGCAGUGACGGCGUCCAUAUGCGUAGUGGAGGUGGCAGGCAAGGCAACUUGGAGGAGGAGAGCGCGGCGCCACCCGAGAAGCGGUAUGGGCGCACAGGUUGAAACUUGCCGAUGUCUGGUUGCGGUCUUUGCUGGCGAGCUUAGCGUAGGACGGUGUGUGGUACGGAUGUAUCGCUGUUUGGUUUGUUGCCUGCUGUACAUGUGCUUGACAAUGGGACGCGGCUGGACACAUGGUGGGCGGUGCCUGUACGAACCGCCCCUGGCUAGUAACCAAGUUCUCCCGAGCCCCAGCCUGUAGAAGCGGUGCUGCGGUGCCGGGGGGAGAUGUCUGGGGGGUGCUACGUGGCAUCUGGGCGCUCCGGGGGACACGAAGGGGAACACGGCUCUCAAAAGAGUGCGA